CUGAAUAUAAAUUCUACUCGCCACUCUAAUCCAAACACAACUGUGUCUUUUCUCAAGCUCUUCAACCAAAAACAAAUAUUUGUCUUCUUCACUAUCAAUCUGCUUUUUCCAUUCCUCCAUUUCGCCUGAAAUCGCUGCAAGAAGCCAAACCCCAGAAAAUUCCAAGGCUUAGCACCUGAAGAGAAGAUUCAGAGAAACAGAAGGACAGAAAUGUCUUCCGACAGCGGGGAGAGACGGCCGGGGAGGAUGACGGGAACGGCGGGGCAGAAGUCAACGGAGCCGGAGAAUCUGCCAUGCCCGCGCUGCGAUUCUACGAACACUAAGUUCUGUUACUACAACAACUACAACCUCUCUCAGCCUCGCCACUUUUGCAAAUCCUGCCGCCGUUACUGGACCCGCGGCGGCACCCUGCGGAACGUCCCCGUCGGCGGCGGCACCCGCAAGCAGCCCUCCAACAAGCGCCCACGGACCAACACCCUCGCCGCCUCAUCCCCUCCUGACAUGCCGCCUCGGGAGCCGUUCCACUCUGCCGGGUCGGGUUGCGAGGUGAACCUGAAUGAGGCGGUGCCGGACCCCGGCACCGCCAGCUUCACGUCAUUACUGGGCUCCCCGGUCGGCGGCGAUGGCGCUGGGUUCAUGUCACUGGGCGGGUUCGGCCUCGGGCUCGGAGACGCCGGCAUGCAUGGAUUCGGGUUCGGAUUGGGCAUGGUGGACUGGCCCGCGGAGACAGUAGGUGCAGCUCCCUCUGGAAAUGUGAACGGAGGCGGGCCUACAGUGGGUGGGCCCGUGGGUUCAUCAAGUUGCAACACGUGGCAAAUGGGCGGUGGUCUCGUCGACGGCACCCUCGGUGACGGCGGAGAUUAUUUCGGCUGGCCGGACCUCGCAAUAUCGGCGCCGGGCAGAAGAUCUUGAAUAUUGUACGCGGUAAACAAAAACAAGUUCGCUUCUGUUUCUUAGUAGUUUAGUAUAACAGGAAUUUGAACUCUAAAAACUCCGACUUCUGUUAAUCAUGUUUUGGUUCUUGUUUCUUUAUUAUUAUUAUUAAUUAUCAUUAGUCCUGGUAAUUAAGGUACCGCUACCUAAAACUAUUUCAUCGAUUACUUGUGCUGGAUUUCGGAUUGGUGUGACUGUAGAUUUAUUUUUCCCUUGUUAUUUUACAGGAGCUUUUGUUAAUGUAAAUGCUUAAAAAAAUCAUAUCUUUUUGACGAGUUUAAGAUGAAAAAAGAAUCUGGUUCUUGGCUUGUUUUA